AUGUCAACGAUCGAUCCAGCAAAGCGCCCCCUUGGUUACAGCGACGAAGGGUUAUCGGAGAAAAAUCCAAACAAGCGCGCUCGGUUGGAGGAUCCAGCAGCAGCAGUAGCAGCAGCAGCAACAGCUGUGCUCGUUGCUCCCUGGACAACGACCUCGUUGCAAGCCGCAUCGACCGCCGCUGCUCCACUCACUCUCACAACCUCACCAGCAACAGCAAUGAUGACAACGACUGAGUUGGCAGCUUCAGCACCGCCCAAUAGUCAUACCACAAGCUCUGCCGAGACUGCUCCGGCAGUGACCAAUGACGCGGUACAACCUCAAGCUGGACCAUCCACGAACCCUCAAGCAUCAUUGUCCACGCCAAAUCUUGACGCUACUUUUUCCCAGCUUGACGCCAACGCAAAAGUGGUUCAUUUGCAGCAGCUGCGUGCUCAUGAUCAGCAGCUGUUUGAUAAAGAUCGGCAGCUGCUUGAGAACCAACGUGAUCAAGCUCAGCAGCUGCGUGCUCAUGAUCAGCAGCUGUUUGAGAAAGAUCGGCAGCUGCUUGAGAUCCAACGUGAUCAAGCUCAGCAGCUGCUUGAGAACGAACGUGAUAAAGUUCAGGAGCUGCAAGUAGAUCGAGUUCGCUUUUUGUCUGAGAUCGGAUCGAGCACCAACGCAACCUUCGUAGCGCGUUUUGUCACAAAGGAUCCUAACCCCACGUUGCAGACCAACCUCAGUGACUUGCGACUGCCACCCCUGGACAGAAAUGCACUUCAUCAAAAGUUGGAGGACGUCAGGAACGAUGCGAGCCGGACUGGUCACGAAACGGACAUGCAUUGGGCUGUUGCCAACUACUGCCAGGCCGUCUGCGAACAAGUUGGCGCGCAACUCAACUUUCACGCUAACAGUAGCACAAAAUCUGCUGAUGUAAUUGCGACCACUUGGGCAGUUGAUCGCGUUUCUCCCCGUGCGUCUCGUGCUACCUCCGCUGGUUCUCGAGUGGACGUUCUCCUGUAUUACAGCCGUUUGUUUGUCGAAGUCAAGAAGGUUUUUGCCGAUGUUCAACAUGCUCGUUUGCAAGUCGCCAGCUAUGUGGCUCGCUCUCUGUUCAGAACAGGCGUGCCGGUGACAUCCUGGCCAGACUUUCUUUACGGUCUCGUUUGGUGCGAAGCCGACACGGUCUCUGUCACUCGAGUCGAUUUAAAGCAGGAUGGCAAGCUCAUUGCGCCCAAGGUUACGUUUGCCGAAACACGAGAUCCAGAACGAGCGGUUCUUUUUGUGGUGUGGCAAUCCAUCCUCGCGCACCACGCCGCUGCAAAAACCAAUGCACCAUCAAACAGCGAUGACCCGAAUUCUUGGACAUGCAACUUUGGUUGUACUGACCCACGCGCCGGAAAUCCUGGCGCCGCAGCUCCAGGCCAGCCAGACAAUGCAGCCGGCGGUGGCGCGCCCGCUGGUGCUGGAGGGAAUGUCGUCACGACCAAUUCCCUUGUUCUCAGUUUGACGACCGGCCCGCAACCUCUGCUCGAUGCCCAGGUCUUUCAUCGCGAUUUCAUGUUCACCGGCAAGCUCCGCCUGAACUCGAGCGAGGAAUUCACCAACGUGGUGGUCAAGGUUGCAGCCGCAAAUCGCAAGCCGCUCACAGAACAGCUGGCGCGAGAGGGCAUGGCGCUAGCCCUUCUCAACCGUGACCGAAAGGAAGCUGCUGCUCAUGGCAUUCCCGAGCUGCUAUCGUUCUGCACUGUCAAUCUCGACGGAACCCCUGGCCUGGCGUUGGUCACGGGCCUCAUUUCUGGUCACAGUGUGGACUGGAUGCAGCAUCAACCGUAUGCGGCAAACUUUGCGUCUCAGGUCUGCGACACGCUUCGCUGGAUUCAUGCGCAAGGUGUGGUGCACGGCGACAUUCAUUGUGGAAACCUGCUCGUCACCGAGGCGCAAUUGCCCAGCUCAAUUCCUCAGCAGCAAGAGACUCCGACCUCGACCCUCGUGCCUCCCAAAUCCCCACAUCUCUCGAUUGCGUUGGUCGAUUUUGGGCUUUCUUGCUUCCUUCCAGCUGUGACGCGCGAGCAUGUGCAGGCAGCACUCUUGGCAGCGCCUGUGACGGUCGCAGCUGCUCAGGAGCUCAAACUGUGGCUCAGACAUGUCGAGGCCAACUCGUGGAGCGUGUGGCCAAGCCACUUUUACCACAUUGCGCGCAGUGACAGAGUCGCCACUCCGCAAGCCGACUUUCUCAGUCUAGGCUUGCUUGCUGUGUCGCUAGAAAUCGGUGGCACAAGAGUCCUGGAGCAGCGGGUCCAUCUGGACGACUCUGACGACGCUGUGGCUCGUGCUCAGCGGCGUCACUUCCUGCGCAAUCAACGUCACCUUCAGUCACUCCUUGAGAAACCCACGGCAACUUUGACUGAGGUUCAGAAGAUUGUUGCGCUUGCAGACGACGACGUGCCAACUCCUCCGGCUCUGGUGUAA